AUGAGAAAAGAGGCUUCAAGAUUGGACAAAGGCUGCAUUUUCAUCUGGAAACCAGAUGAAGAUGCAACUUUUUCAUUUGGAAUUACGGAUGAAGAUGCAACUUUUUCAUCUAGCAUUACAGAUGAAGAUGCAACUUUUUCAUCUGGCAUUACAGAUGAAGAUGCAGCAGCUUCUUCUGGUGUUCCCACACUGCUAGCAGACAUUUUCAUAUCUUACAGCCCCAUCACUUACUUCUUCAUUCCCCUUCCACCUAAACGUUGGUUCUUGGACAAUUUUGAUCGUCACUUUCUAGAAGAACGACGACAAGGUCUGCAAGAAUUCAUUAACAGAAUUCUCAGCAGCAAGAUUCUCUGCGAGUGUCAACCUGUAAGAGAAUUUUUCUGCUUAGAUGACCCACCAGGGCCCCAUGACAGUUUGGAAGAGAGUCGGGCUCUUUGUGAAUCACUUGAGGAACAAACUUAUAAUCUUAAGAAAGAGCUUCGAGAUAAAGAACGUGAGAUUGAUUUAUUGAAAUCUGAGCUGAAUUUGUACAAAUCACAAAUUGAAGACCUCAAGCGAAUGGAAAGGUUAGAAAUCAGUGGAAAGUCCAGUGGUCAAGACAUGAGCUCAGCCAGUGGACCAAGUGAUGGAAUAAAUGACUACCUGCACAUCACCUGGUGGUUCUUAUCAACCUUUCACGUUGGUUUAACCUGUGUAAGCGACUUCUCGGAAAAAUUCUUGAACAAUGAACAGCCUCAUUGGUUUUCAACAUGA